ACCUCAGCUACGAGUAUUUCUCAAUCCCAAAAUCAAGCACGACACACAAGACAGACGCUUCGUCGACCUCCUGCAAGGCAACGCGACUUUGCUUCUCGCUUCCCCCUAUCGGCAAUUCUUCUCGCUUGGAUACGUGCGACCCGGACUACGGCCAUGGGGAACCACAACAAGCUGCUCCAGUUCCUGCGCCCGGACCCGGAGGCGCCGGCGCCGGCGGCCAAGAAGCAGCCGUCGUCGUCGUCGGACGAUGAGGACGACGGCUACGCGAGCUCCUCCGCGCCGACCACCCCGACCACCGGCGCCACCACGCCGACGACGACCAACACCUCCGCGGCGGCGUCGCCCUUCGCCAUGUCCCCCUGGACGCAGCUCCCGGGGCUCGGCUUCGGCGCCGGCGACGGGUACGGCGGCGGCGCGGUCGCCAACAAAACCGGGCUCCUCGGCUCGCUCGUCAAGGCGGACGGGCACGUGUACUCGCUCGCGGCGGCGGGGGACCUGCUGUACACGGGCACGGACUCGCGCACCGUGCGCGUGUGGCGGGACCGGCGCGACCUCGGCGGCCUCCGCUCGGGGAGCGGCCUCGUCAAGGCCAUCGUGGUGGCCGCCGACGGCCGAAUCUACACGGGCCACCAGGACGGCAAGGUCCGCGUGUGGCGCGCCUCCGCCGACGACCCCGCCACGCACCGCCGGGUGGGCUCGCUCCCGGGGCUCCGCGACGUGCUCGCCAGCGCGCUCCGCCCGUCGCGGUACGUGCAGACGCGCCGCCGCCGCAGCGGCCUCUGGAUGCGCCACUUCGACGCCGUCUCCGCGCUAUGCCUCGACGCCGCGGCGGGGCUCAUCUACUCGGGCUCCUGGGACCGGACCUUCAAGGUGUGGCGGGCGUCCGACUCCCGGUGCCUCGAGUCCGUGUAUGCCCACGGCGACGCCGUCAACGCGGUGGCGGCCGCGGGGUUCGACGCGCUCGUGCUCACGGGCUCCGCCGACGGCACGGUCAAGGUGUGGCGGCGCGGGGCGCGGGGGCGGAGGGGCCGCGACACGUGGCACACCAUGGAGCGGGUGCUGCGGGAGGGGGACAGCGCGGUGACGGCCAUCGCCGUGUCCGCCGAGGCCCGGGUCGUGUACGUGGGCUCCUCCGACGGCGCCGUCGCGCACUGGCAGUGGCGGCGCGGAGCGCCGCCCGGCGCCGCGCCCAGGAACGGCGGCGCGCUGCGGGGCCACAAGAUGGCCGUGCUGUGCCUCGCGGUGGCCGGGCGCGUCGUCGUCAGCGGGUCCGCCGACCGGACCAUCUGCGUGUGGCGACGCGAGGAGGGCGCCGACCACGCGCGCCUCGCCGUCCUCACGGGGCACACGGGCCCCGUCAAGUGCGUCGCCAUGGACGAGGAGGAGGAGGAGGAGGACGACGGCAGCGGCGACGCGCGCCGGUGGGUGGUGUACAGCGGCAGCCUCGACGGGUCCGUCAAGGUGUGGCGCGUGUCGGCCUCCGGCGGCGGCGCGCACGGGGACGCGGCGACCCCCGCGCGCGCGUGGAAGGGCGCCUCGCCGUCGCCGCUGCGGCCGUGGACGCCGUACGCGGCGGCGCCGGAGCCCAAGCACAUGGGCGCGGCGUGAGCGACGCAAUGCCGCCGGCGCGCACCGGAGUAGAAUAGGCUAGUGGGUGUACACGAGGGUGUACGUAGAAAUGGAAAUUCUUUGUACGCCGUAUCUACGUAUGGCGUUGCGUAAUAAUUUUUUUUAUCGGUCGUGUUUUCUAGCUGGGCCGCUGACGUGGACGGCUUGGCGUGUGUGGUUGCGAUUUGGUCGGUGACCGGUGCGGCCGGUGGGCCCCGCGGAAGGUGUGAGGGGGAGUGUGGAAGCUCCCAAGCAACCUGCUGGCACGACAGUUGAAGGGGGAGAAAUUGGGAGGUUUUCAGUCGGGAGAUGUGAACGUUUUUUGUGUGGUUUUGGACUUUCUCGGUUUGCUUUUCGUUUGUGAGAAAGCUGUACAGAUUGGUUUUGCUUGUGAGCAAAGGAAAGAAGAAAAAACGGUGAUGGUUUGCUCCCA